UUGGAGCUGGGGGUGCAGCCCUGAGGGGGUUCAGCUCAGCCCUCUCAGGAGCAGGGUGAGGUGAAAAAGCAAAUACUGCAUCCAUGGUUUCCUCCCUGGGAUGCAGAGAGGUGACUGCCCUGCGUGGAGGGUCCCAUCCAGAUGGGUGCUGCAGCUGCACGCAUCCAGAGCCAGCGGGCAUUAAAGAGGAGCCCCGGCCACCUGCAGCACUCUGCCUCUGAUGUUCUCCGAGUGAAACUUGAUGCUGUUCAGCAAGGACACACCUCUUCCAGGGUGUUGUGCAAAAUUCUGCAUUUUAACGUAGGGACAGGAAAUAUGAACAGAGCCGGGCAGAGCCCGCAGCAGCACCACUGGUUAGGCCACGGCUCCCCAGCUCCGUGGGAGCAGAUCGAAGUGUUCGCUUCUCUCACCAACCCCACUGUGACUUCUCAGUGCUUUGGGAGCCACGGCUCCCGCACCAACAGGUUUUGAAGGAUUGGCAUUGCUGCUGCGUCCGGGAGCAGCUCUGCAGAGGCUGUUUUCCUCUUCUCCUGCUUUAUUUCCUACGAUGGGUUUGUUGCAAAAGAUUCUCAUCCCCGUUUUGGGACUGGUUUUGGCCUUCUGUUUUUAUUCGUCGAGGGAGAAUUUCAAACCUGAGAUGCUGAAAGGGAAGCGUGUGAUCGUCACCGGAGCGAGCACCGGCAUUGGGGAGCAGAUGGCCUAUCACCUGGCACGGAUGGGAGCCCACGUCCUGGUCACGGCACGGACGGAGGCAAAGCUGCAGCAAGUGGUGGAGAGGUGCCGGGCGCUGGGGGCCAGCUCAGCACGGCUGGUCAGCGGCAGCAUGGAGGACAUGGCCACCACCCGGCAGCUGGUGGAGGUGGCCGAGGCUGAACUGGGAGGCCUUGACAUGCUGAUUCUUAACCACGUUGGCAAGUCGUACUUCAAUUACUUUGAUGGGGAUGUUGGACACGUCCAGAAGCUCCUGAACAUCAACUUCCUGAGCUAUGUGGCCAUGACAGUCUCUGCCCUGCCCAUGCUGAAGCGGAGCGGUGGUAGCAUCGUGGUGGUCUCCUCCAUGGCAGGUAAAGUUGGGUUUCCCUUUACGGUCCCUUACUCUGCAACUAAGUUUGCCCUGGAUGGAUUUUUCAGCUCCCUGAGGCAGGAAUUCAGCAUCCAGAGCGUUAACGUUUCCAUCACACUCUGCAUCCUUGGCUUCAUUGACACUGGUAAGCUCCAUCCGUGCCAUCUGGCUGCCCAGGAACUGAGCAUCACAUGCCCAGCUUUGUGCCCUCCCCUCCUGUGCCCCCACCUCCAGUGCUGCUUUUCCUGCUGUAGUGGGAGCGAGUGCAGCAUCACCUCUGCUCUCAGCAGGCUCCUACCUCUCUUCCAACAAAAAACAGACUCCAGACUGAUUUGUUUUCCUGUGCUGUACUCAGGUAGGAUACUAGGACAAAAGUAUGCUCAGGAAGAGCAGUCAGGCAACGGCUCAGGCUGGGGACUCACCAUCCCUGGAGGUGUUUGGAGCUGUGGAGAUGUGACACUUGGGGACACGGUCACAGUGGGGAUGGCGGGAUUGGACUUGGGGAUCUUAGAGCUCUUUUCCAACCUUAAAGACUCGGUGGUUCUAUGAAAAUCAUACACCGUGCACAGGCUGGGACAGCCUAAAAUUCAGUGAGAUUCAGUGGAAGUACUGGGCACGCAUCUGCCAUUAAUCUUAUCUGAUGCAGCGAGCUACAGGAGUGAAAGCAAUGAUGGGAGCGACUUGAAGCUGCUUCUGUUUUCCAGUGCAUACACUACAUUUAAGUGUAGGAAUAAACGAGGCAGCUCCCCAGCAGGCAAACCAUCAAAAGGACAAGCAGAGGGCAGCCCUACUGAAACCUCUCUUGUUCCUC